UGCGCAUGGGGUGAGGGCGUGUGCGUGCUCGUGCCCGCGGCGUGCUGCUGGCGUCGUGAGCGCGCCUCGUGCUGCAGAUGAUGGGGCUCCAGACGCUGCCACCGUAUCGAUGAGCAGGGAUGAUCUGCAGGUCAUCGAUCAGGUCAUCGAUCAGGUCAUCGAUCCGAUCAUCGACCCCACAUGAUCGAUCCGAUCGACGCCCCUCGCCGAGCCGAUCACAUCCAUUGAUCCCGGAGCCGAGCGACUGCACGAGGCGACAGUCGGUAUCACCGUCGAUCAGAUCAUCGAUCAGCUGAUGUGAGGCGCGAGGGGCAGCGGGAGACAAUCAACUGGAGGAGGAGCCGCCGCAGGUGAAUCCAGGAUAGUCUGGGAACUACAACCAGCAGCCGCUACCAGUCGGAGUCCAGGCUGUUGGAUGUUUGAUGGCCACAGGUGUGAACUACUGGAGCUUUUAUGAACCUCACUACAAGGUGAGUGAGAGCGUGUGGGGAGGUGAACCCGAGUCGAGCAGUGAGGACGGAGGAGGAGGAGACGGAGGAGGAGGAGGGGUCACAUGGGAAACACAGGCCAUGGAGGUCAAAGGUCAACUCAUCUCAGCACAUGACCCCCUCACCUGUCCGGACAGGAAGCAGAGCGAGCGAAUGGCGGAGCUGCAGGAGAGAAGGCGGAGCCUGCAGGCGCUGCUGACCACGCGAUUGGCUGAGCUGAGACGCAUCUGUCUGCAGGAGGCGGAGCUGACGGGGGCGGUGCCCAGCGACUUCCCCCUGGAGGCCGGAGAGAAGCCGCCCUGCGUUCGAAGGAGAGGAAACGGGAAGAGUCGAGUAGAGGAGGAAGACGCUCAGCGAUCGAAGCCCAAGAAAACUUUAUUCAGCAGCGCUCUGAGGAAACACAGCGACCCUGAACACAACACGCACUCCCAGACACACACACACCACGGCAAGAGGACGGUCCACCGAGGCUGCCACACAGACGACACAGUGAGGUCAGAGAGCAGCUCGACAUCAGACUCAACAGGACACGACAACGAUGACGGAGCGGCUCAGUGUCGCCCCCCGCUGGUCACCGCUGGGUUUCCAGUGGAGGUUUUAAACCACAAUAAAACCAGGAGGAACUCGUUCCACAGCCGGAUUGAGCAUCCCGAUGUUUUCCAGACCCAGAAGCCCCUCCCCCCGCCCCCCUGCCAUCCUCCCCCUCUCCCCCCUCGCUCCCAGGACUCCUCCUCCUCCUCCGGCCCGUCCGACUCCGGAGCGGGAGGGGAGGGGGGAACCAGGACUAGCGCUCGCUGUAGCAACAGCUCCAAUGGCCUCCUGGACCGCAUCGCCCCCCCGGAGGAGGAGGAGGUGGUGGUGGAGGCGCAGCAUGGGGGGCUGUGGGUAAACAGAGGAACAAACGGAGGCGGAGCUCAUUGGAGCUCGGAGGCGGGGGCGAGGGGUGGAGGAAGAGGAGGAGGAAGAGGAGGAAGGGGAGGGGGGGGGUACAGUGAGGUGCUGCUGGACUACGUGUGGGGCAAACAGCAGCAGACCAGCCGGCAGCCAAUCACGUCGCAGCACCAGCUGCUCUACAACGGCUACUCCGCCCAGCAACAGCCAGAAGCCCCGCCCAUCUACCGGGGUCACCACGGCGACCAGCUGCUCUACAACGGCUACUCCGCCCAGCAACAGCCAGAAGCCCCGCCCACCUACCGGGGUCACCACGGCGACCAGCGCCGAGUCACAGUGACUCGCACAAAGUCGUGCGGCCCGUUCCAGACCGACAACCCCCCCUCCACCACCAUCCAACCGGACCCCCACCCCCACCUACUGCCCCCCCGGGCCCCGCAGCUGCCCCCCAAUCAGGACUCCCAGCUGGAGGAGGCCACCAGGAGCCUCCACAAGGCCCUCGCCCUGGAAGGUCUGAGGGACUGGUACCUGAGGAACACAUUAGGCUCCUCCCACCAGAACCAAACCAACGGCAAGGUCACCACAGGGGCCAAGGCUAGAGGGAACGGAGGGGUCAAAGGUCAGGCCGCAGGAGGCGGAGCUCUGCAGCGCCGGCGGACGACUCAUGGCGUCAUCCAGCAGUCGACCUAUCAGACGAAGACAAGUCAUCAUCACAAACAGACACUGCCGCACUCGGCCACGUUCCACGGGCAGCCACUGCUCAGCAGAUCUGUGGAUAGCUCGCUCUACCAUGACUCCGCCCCUUCUCAGAAACAGGAAGUCAGUCUCAGAGAACCGUCGGUGGACCAGCCGUCUCCAGGGACCCUGGUCUGACUCAGGACCCUGGACGCCAUCCCAGGCUGGCUUCCUGGGAUCCGCUGCCUUCAGGUCGGCGUGUCCAGGUGACCAAAUCAAACACAUCCUGGUUCCUGGUGGUUCUCAGUGGUAACAAAGCAGAACCAAAACUUCACCUGAAGCCCUGAAGUCUGACGAAUGGUUCUCUCCACACGGGUCUGUGCUGCUCUAUCAGGGAUUAACUGAAAGUCUUUGUCCACCAAAAACUCCAGGAACUUUAAUAUCCCAGGAGCUAAUGCCAGGAACUUUCACGUGACUAACAGUUCCCGUGUUUCACAGCAACCAAAGCUGAACAGCUGACCUGUUCCUGGAAGUUCCUGGACCUUCAGAGAGUACGACAGCCUUAAACACUGGUCCAGAAACUCAUCCAACAACUUUUAGGUUCAAGUUCUCACAGAAUGACCAUGCAGAACACGCAAUUCAGAAAAGUUCUGGGGCACAAAUACAGAUGAUAUAGACGAGAUGAAAAAGAGUCGUUUUAUUACCAUCAGCUUUGAUUCCUCAGGUGUUUGUCUUUAUUUCACCACCAGAACCUAAGUGAUGUAACCCUCGUCUUUAGAGGCGGUUCGUUCUGUAACUUUUGUUCCUGAUCACGGAAAGUUCCUGUCGGACCAGGAACUAAACUAAAAUGGUGUGAGGAGCGAUCAACAGACGAUUUGUGUUUAUUUUCUCUUCAGCCUGAAAUCAGACUCUGCUCCGACAAUCAGACGCUUUAACAAGAACGAUGAAGAUGAAGAUGAUGAUGAUGAUGAAGAUGAUGAUGAUGAAGAUGAAGAUGAUGAUGAUGAUGAUGCUUAAACCAGCUCAGUGCAGCCAACCAGCAGUUUUCUAAGGAGGAACUUUCCCCGUAGAUCCCUCAGGUGAGUCCAGGCGUGAAGCUGCAGCAGAUGAGGUUCUUCUCACCGUUUGGACUCGACGUCUCUGCACUAAUCUGAAACCAGCUGAACUAAAAAUAAAGUUAAAAAAAAAAAGAUAAACCGGGAGCUGCAGUAAAACCUGAACCACAUCCACAACACUGACGCUGAGGUUCUGGUUCUGAUUUAUGAACUCUGGAGAUGAUGAGAUGGACCAAGGAGAACAUGAUGAUUCCAGCUGCUUUUCUUUUUAAUUGUUUAUUUGUGAGUGUUGGUUUAAAAUAAUUGUGAUGUCUUCAGACAGUCCAGAACCCAAAGACUCACUGGGCUGCUCCUCAGCGCCUGGACCCCCAGAGACCCGACCAGUAAGCCAUGCCCUGCUGAGGGAUCCAGGGUCUAGAGGCCUAGACCCACAUCCAGAUCCAUGCUCAGACCCAUUCCUGGGCCAAGGGCAGGUUCACGUCUGAGUCCAGGUCCACACCAAUAUCCAGCUCCAUGUCAUGCCCAGGUCCUGGUUCAGGUCCAGGUCCAGGUUGUGGUUUGGGUCGAGCCUGAAGCAAUAAGAGGAGUUCUGAAGGACUAAAGGAACAUUUGCAGCGACAAUCAGACGAGUCACAUGAUAUGAACAUUUUAUAAAGGGUGCAGGACUGAAUCGUUUCUCUCAGUGUUACUGUUCAGGACGCAGCUCGUAUUUAUUCACCUGUCGACGUCCAGACGCCUCCGAGUAGUUUAGGUUCACGUUUGAUCUUUGUGUUGUUUUAAAUUCAGCUUCACAGAAACCGGUCUGACCUCCAGUAACCACCAGAAUGAAGCCGCGGUCACAUGACUCUCUUUUCGUGAAUGCAAGCCCCACCCACUCCCAAUUUCAAGCCACGCCCACUUCCAAGUACAAGCUCCGCGCACUUCCUUAACGACCACAUAAGCCCCGCCCACAUACGGAAACACCUCCUACUAUUUACUGAAGAGCCAGUGUGGUCAUGUGACUGCGGCCUCAGAAAGACUCCCAGCAUGCACCUCUUCCCUUCACCUCCACACCAAAGCAAAACAAACAUCAGGAUAAAACAGAGACGUGGAAAUAGGAUCAGCUGCUGCUGCACUGCCACUUUAUAGUACUACCAGUACAUCAUACUAGUACUAGUACUACCAGUACACCACACUAGUACUAGUACUACCAGUACACCACACUAGUACUAGUACUACCAGUACAUCAUACUAGUACUAGUACUACCAGUGCUCCUGUGGUAGUUCUGGUUCUGUGCAGUAGUCGGGUCCAUUUCCAUGUUUCCUAGUAUUUUAUAAAAUGUUAUUAAAUUCAGUUCACUCAUUUUAGAAAAUCAGCUGCAUCAGAACAUCAGGUCCUGCUGCUCCAGUACCGGGUAGUACUGCGUAGUACUGGGUAGUACUGCAUAGUACCGGGUAGUACUGUGUAGUACUGCGUAGUACCGGGUAGUACUGGGUAGUACUGCAUAGUACCGGGUAGUACUGGGUAGUACUGGGUAGUACCGGGUAGUACCGGGUAGUACUGGGUAGUACCGGGUAGUACUGCGUAGUACCGCGUAGUACCGGGUAGUACUGCGUAGUACUGGGUAGUACUGCGUAGUACUGGGUAGUACUGCAUAGUACCGGGUAGUACUGUGUAGUACUGCGUAGUACCGGGUAGUACUGGGUAGUACUGCAUAGUACCGGGUAGUACCGGGUAGUACUGGGUAGUACUGGGUAGUACUGGGUAGUACCGGGUAGUACCGGGUAGUACCGGGUAGUACUGCGUAGUACUGGACUGUGGUCCAGCUGUGAUGCGUUCAGGGGCACUGUGUACAGUCUGUAUUUCCUGCUGUAAAAUGUUUUCUAUGAGUUGUUUGUACUUUUUCACUUCAAACCUUUCUGCUGUCUGGUGUUGGAGACGAUGCUCGGUGUAAAUAAACCCGUCCGGGUCCUUUUUAAAUGAA